ACUCCCUAUGGAUUUUUUGAGAAAAAGAACUCCCGAGGGAGUCCCGCGAGAAUCCAUCGGGACUCCCGCGGGAGAUUUUUACAAAACGGGACUCCCGCGGGACUUCUGCCGGGACUCUCGACUAGGGUUGAAACCAUUUUCUCUGACAUCUCCAACUAGCUGCUCUUUGCGACUACGGGGUGUCAGAAAAGAGAGAUAAGGAGACAAGAACAAGUCACAAUGUCAGCCUUCACUCUGCAAGCAAAGUCGUUAUCGUCUUUUAACACGGAGUCUCAGUGGAGUCAUGGAUAAAGUGUGACAUUGUUGGCACCGCAAAAAUGUAGCAGUAUCACGUUUUAUUUGAUGUCAUGCUAAAAGUGUGAUAAUACCAUGCUAAACAUAUAAUACUGACGCAAUAAAAAGAUCGCAUCUAAAUUUUUUCGUAAUAUUAUCACACUUUUAGUGUGACAUUGUGACACAUUUAUUGUAACAUUUCGGUAGAGUACGGUAUGGAAUGAAAAAGCUUUUAAUUGACAGGCUAUCUCGCGCGCAGAGGGGUUUUGGUAAUACUGAGCACAGUAGUUGUGUUGCUACUUUCUUUCUAAAUAAAAUAUUAGGAAGGCAGAUGAAUUCAUUCAUUUCUUUAUUUUUUUCUCAGCCACAUUAACAUGCAUCUUCUAGGUUUUUGACGGCGGCGAACAAAGACCGCAGCCAUUUGUCAUAAACAUUAUACACUAUACUGAAGAACGUUACUUUUCUGAAAAGUAAACCUCCAGAAGUUUUGAUUUUUCGAUUCUGAAGCCCCUUAUUCAUAGUUCUUUUGAGCAAUAAUUUUCUUUUGAUAAAAGCGUGUCACAAAAGUUUGAAUAUUCUAUAUAGUCUGUUUCAAAUAUUGCAGUUGGAAAGUGGGAAUUAUGGUCCAGAAUCGAAAAUUGUGGACAUAACAGAUAGUGCCGCUAUCAUAAUCGAUCAUUUUUCUCCGAAAUGUUCAUGGUUUUUCCACCCAUAGACUCAUAUCGUCACAAGUGCUUCUAAUUAUAUUUAGUUUAAACCAUUUCAACAUAUUCAUACCCGCCAUGUCAGAAUAAAAUAAAAACCAAAAUGAUAAAUAUCUCUAUUGUGCUAAUAAAUAGCCAGUUGUUAAACGAAGUAUAUGAAGUUCACAUAGCACCAUCAAAAAGUAUAAAGCUAACAAUAAUAGUUAAACCCACGUCACAGAUGCAAUUUACAACAUUUGAUACGUUGAACAGUGAUGAUGUUUGACAGAAAUCGUGAAAACAUCAAGUAGUGCUUACAGUCAAUAUUACAAAUAAGUCAAUUAUCUCGUCCUCGGAAUUUUGUUAGUAGAAUCAACUAAUAUUAUUAAUUUUAAGUGCUGUUUAUCAUCUAUAUAUAUAUCAUCAACGCUGCGUUGAUGUUUAUUGUUUAACUUUAAUGAAAUUAUUUGAAUUGAUGUAAUUGCUCACUGUUAUUUGAGUUCAGAAUUUGAAAGUAAAUUUAUUCACAAACCAUCUCCAUUCCAUAAAAGACAACAGUUUUCACAGAGGCAAUCAUAUUGCUUCUGUGUAUAAACAUACAUUGAAUAUUAACAACAAAUUUAAAUAGAUGAAGUAUGUCUUGUUCUUUUCCAAUUGUUAAUAUGUUGUCAAGCGGAAAGUUGAGAAUAUGCAUUCGUCUUCAACAGAUUCGUACAUCAUACGUUUACUACCUUGCUGUUGUACGAUAAUUCUUGUAUUUGAUUGUAGUGGAAACUGAAUAUAGUGAAGUUUCUCUCAUUUAGGUUAUUAUUAUUGAUUAUAUUGUAUGCCACUAUGGAUCAUAGUGACACAACUGAACCGUGCAGAAGACGAUGUACCAAUGGUGGUCUUCAAAUACGUGCUCCGAAUACGGAUGACGAUGUCUAUUGUGUAUGUUUUCGGGAUUAUUAUGGACCAUGUUGCGAAUAUAAAGUCUCUGAAAAAUUGCAAAAGGGUAUAUGUUUAACAUGGUAUCAUAGUUGUAAAUAUGGCACAUGCGAGGAAUUAGAAAAUAAUGAAACAACAUGUCAUUGUGUAGCGGGUUAUAAAGGAGAUCGAUGUGAAUCAAUGGAUUUCAGUGAUAAUGUUUGUAAUUCAAAUCCAUGUUAUAGAGGUGGAGAAUGUCGUUCAACAUCUAAGAAUACUGAGGAACAGUGCUUAUGUAAAGAUGGUACAUUUAGUCAAGAUUGUAGAAACUCAAAUGUGUCAGCAUGUAUAAAUCAUAAGUGUCAACAUGAUGCACUCUGUAUACCAAUGACAGAAACAAGUAUGCCAGUUAUUCACUUAAUUUAA